ACGGAGCUUCUCCAUUACAGUCUGAACAGUCAUUUAGCUCCCCGCUUACUUUCACCUUCAUUCGUGUGUAGAAAUAGCAGGAGGGGAUGAAGAAUCUUUGGGUUUUUGUUUUAUAGCGGCUGUAUUUUCGGGUUAGUUCGACUUGCUGUUUGAAUGGUGUGGAUUCGCAGCAGAACGGUGAAGACUUCAUGAGCCAGCAAAAGGACCAGUGACUGCCCUUAUUCUUUUCUUUUCUCUGACUGGCGGAAGCUGUGACUGGGUGUCAUGGCCGACGUGGACCCAGACACUCUGCUGGAAUGGCUGCAGAUGGGUCAGGGCGAUGAACGCGACAUGCAGCUCAUCGCCCUGGAGCAGCUCUGCAUGCUUCUGCUCAUGUCAGAUAAUGUGGACCGCUGCUUUGAAACGUGUCCACCUAGAACGUUUCUUCCAGCCCUGUGUAAGAUCUUCUUGGAUGAAAGUGCCCCUGACAAUGUUCUGGAAGUGACGGCUAGGGCCAUCACGUACUACCUAGAUGUAUCUGCUGAGUGCACACGCAGGAUUGUUGGAGUGGAUGGAGCUAUUAAGGCACUUUGUAACCGACUGGUGGUGGUAGAGCUCAACAAUAGGACUAGCAGAGAUUUGGCAGAGCAGUGUGUAAAGGUGCUGGAGCUGAUCUGCACACGAGAGUCUGGUGCUGUGUUUGAGGCUGGGGGACUGAACUGUGUUCUAAGUUUUAUUAGAGACAGCGGUCACCUGGUGCAUAAAGACACGCUUCACUCAGCCAUGGCCGUAGUGUCUCGACUCUGUAGUAAGAUGGAACCACAGGACUCGUCGCUGGAGACUUGUGUGGAGUCACUCUCCAGUCUGUUGAAGCAUGAAGACCACCAGGUUUCUGAUGGAGCCCUACGUUGCUUCGCAUCUUUAGCUGAUCGCUUUACACGUCGUGGGGUCGAUCCAGCUCCACUGGCAAAGCACGGCCUGAGUGUGGAGCUGUUGUCUCGCAUGGCUGCUGCCGGAGGCUCAGUCCCGGGUCCCUCCUCCACCUGCAAACCCGGCAGAGUGUCCAGCGGUGCUAAUCCAUCUGCUUCUGAUUCCAAACUCAGCAAUCAAGUGUCCACCAUUGUUAGUCUGCUGUCCACACUGUGCAGGGGUUCACCGCUCGUUACUCAUGACCUACUACGCUCAGAGCUUCCUGACUCUAUGGAGAGUGCACUACAGGGCGAUGAGCGCUGUGUGCUGGAUACAAUGCGCCUUGUGGAUCUGCUGCUGGUGCUGCUCUUUGAAGGACGCAAGGCCUUGCCCAAAUCCACAGCAGGCUCGGGUGGCCGGAUUCCAGGUUUGCGGCGCCUUGACAGCUCUGGUGAGCGCUCGCAUCGCCAGCUUAUUGACUGUAUCCGCAGUAAAGACACAGAUGCACUCAUCGAUGCCAUUGAUACCGGAGCUUUUGAAGUGAACUUCAUGGAUGAUGUUGGGCAGACACUUUUAAAUUGGGCGUCAGCGUUUGGUACACAAGAAAUGGUGGAGUUUUUGUGUGAGAGAGGUGCUGAUGUGAACCGAGGCCAAAGGUCAUCCUCUCUGCAUUAUGCAGCCUGUUUUGGACGACCUCAAGUAGCAAAGACUUUGUUGCGCCACGGAGCCAACCCUGACCUGAGAGACGAAGAUGGUAAAACUCCGUUAGACAAAGCCAGGGAGAGGGGCCACAGUGAGGUUGUUGCAAUCCUCCAGUCUCCUGGAGACUGGAUGUGUCCUGUGAACAAGGGGGAUGACAAGAAAAAGAAGGAUGUCAACAAGGAAGAGGAGGAGGGCAGUGAGCCAAAAGGAGACCCUGAGAUGGCGCCCAUUUAUCUGAAGAGGCUGCUUCCAGUAUUUGCACAAACUUUUCAGCACACCAUGCUACCCUCAAUAAGGAAAGCAAGUUUAGCUCUGAUCAGAAAGAUGGUGCAUUACAGUUCUGAAGUGCUGCUUAAAGAGGUGUGUGACUCAGAUGCUGGACACAAUCUGCCCACGGUCCUGGUGGAAAUUACUGCCACAGUGCUGGAUCAGGAGGAUGACGACGAUGGUCACUUGCUGGCUCUGCAGAUUAUCAGAGAUCUAGUCGACAAAGGAGGAGAUGUGUUCUUGGACCAGCUGGCUAGAUUAGGUGUUAUCAAUAAGGUGUCCACUCUGGCAGGACCCACCUCAGAUGAUGAAAAUGAAGAAGAAGCCAAGCCUGAGAAGGAGGAUGAACCACAGGAAGAUGCCAAAGAGAUCCAGCAGGGCAAGCCCUACCACUGGCGGGACUGGUCCAUCAUCAGAGGCAGGGACUGUCUGUAUAUUUGGAGUGAUGCUGCUGCACUGGAGCUCUCCAAUGGCAGCAAUGGCUGGUUCCGCUUUAUUCUGGAUGGCAAAUUGGCUACAAUGUACUCCAGUGGCAGCCCGGAGGGAGGCUCUGACAGUUCAGAGAGCCGGAGUGAAUUUCUGGAGAAGCUGCAGCGCGCCAGGAGUCAGGUCAAACCGGUGACAGCCAGCCAGCCUAUCCUGUCAGCAGUGGGGCCAACAAAACUCAGUGUUGGUAACUGGUCUCUCACCUGCCUGAAAGAGGGUGAGAUUGCUAUCCAUAACUCAGAUGGUCAGCAGGCCACCAUCCUGAAAGAGGAUCUGCCCGGCUUUGUGUUCGAGUCCAACAGGGGCACUAAGCACUCCUUCACUGCUGAAACCUCACUUGGGUCCGAGUUUGUGACUGGCUGGACUGGAAAACGAGGAAGGAAGCUCAAAUCCAAAUUAGAAAAGACUAAACAAAAGGUGAAAACAAUGGCUAGAGAUUUGUAUGAUGAUCACUUUAAAGCUGUGGAGAGCAUGCCCAGAGGUGUUGUGGUCACCUUGAGGAACAUUGCUACUCAGUUGGAGUCUGCGUGGGAGCUGCAUACCAACAGACAGUGUAUUGAAGGAGAGAAUACGUGGCGAGACCUGAUGAAAACAGCUUUGGAAAACUUGAUUGUAGUUCUCAAGGACGAAAACACAAUUUCUCCCUAUGAAAUGUGCAGCAGUGGCCUUGUGCAAGCACUUUUUACAGUCCUUAAUAAUAGCAUGGAACUUGACGUAAAACAUGAUUGUAAGCCGUUAAUGGAAAGAAUAAAUGUUUUCAAGUCUGCUUUCAGUGAAAAUGAAGAUGAUGAAAGCCGACCAGCAGUUGCCUUAAUCCGCAAACUGAUAGCAGUACUGGAGUCUAUAGAACGGCUACCUCUUCACUUGUACGACACACCAGGCUCAACCUAUAACUUGCAGAUUCUCACCAGGAGGUUGCGUUUCCGGUUGGAACGGGCUCCAGGUGAGACAGCACUGAUUGAUCGGACAGGCAGGAUGCUGAAGAUGGAACCUCUUGCUACUGUUGAGUCACUGGAGCAGUACCUGCUUAAAAUGGUGGCGAAGCAGUGGUAUGACUUUGAUCGCUCCUCUUUCAUCUUUGUGAGGAAGCUGCGUGAAGGCCAAAGUUUUGUCUUCAGACACCAGCAUGACUUUGAUGAGAAUGGCAUUGUUUACUGGAUUGGCACGAAUGCAAAGACUGCGUACGAGUGGGUAAACCCUGCUGCUUAUGGCCUGGUGGUGGUGACCUCAUCAGAGGGCAGGAAUCUUCCCUAUGGUCGUCUAGAAGACAUCCUCAGCAGAGACAGCUCAGCCCUCAAUUGCCACACCAAUGAUGAUAAGAAUGCAUGGUUUGCUGUGGACCUAGGGCUAUGGGUCAUCCCCUCUGCCUACACUCUGCGCCACGCUCGCGGCUACGGUCGCUCCGCACUCCGAAACUGGGUCUUCCAGGUGUCCAAAGAUGGCCAGAAUUGGAUGACUCUCUACACCCACGUGGAUGAUGGGAGCCUCAAUGAGCCUGGUUCAACCGCCACAUGGCCUUUGGACCCUUCCAAGGAUGAGAAACAAGGCUGGCGACACAUCCGCAUCAAGCAGAUGGGCAAAAACGCCAGCGGUCAAACACACUACCUCUCUCUUUCUGGACUGGAGAUCUACGGCACGGUCACGGGCGUGUGUGAAGACCAGCUUGGUAAAGCUGUGAAGGAGGCUGAAGCCAACCUACGUCGCCAGCGACGCCUCUUCCGAUCUCAAGUAAUGAAGUAUAUAGUGCCAGGUGCCCGGGUGGUGCGUGGUAUUGACUGGAAGUGGAGGGAUCAGGACGGCAAUCCUCAAGGAGAGGGCACUGUGACUGGAGAGGCACAUAAUGGCUGGAUUGAUGUCACCUGGGAUGCUGGUGGCUCGAACUCCUACCGCAUGGGUGCGGAAGGGAAAUUUGACCUGAAGCUUGCGUCGGGGUACGACCCCGAUUCAGCGCCAUCACCCAAAACUGUCUCGUGCGCUGUUGCAGGCCCGCCGACUCCCUGGAGCAGCAUGGCCAAAAACAACUGUCCGGACCGGGGUGGCCCCUCAUCUGCGUCUUCCGGCCGCAAGGGAAGCAGCAGCUCGGCGUGCAGCGACAUCGGCCUCGGCUCCGCACGCAGACUCGAGGGCCUGUCGGAGCAGGGAGGCCCUAUUGGAGGUGGAGUCACAGGCCCUGAGGGUCAGGAGCCGCUUGUGGUGCUCUCAACAGCUGAGGGUGGCUCUGUAUCCGGUGAAAGCGCUGAGCCUAAAAGCGAGUCCACGGCCAUCUCGGUCGGGCCGGUGAGCGUCAGCUCCCCCGAUGUCAGUUCCGUUUCAGAUUCUUCAGGCAAGGCUGCAGUUUCCCAGCGGCCACUUGGUCCAAGCGUCGGCGCGCGCCUAUCGGUCAGCUCCCUGCUGGCAGCUGGUGCACCCAUGAGCUCCAGUGCCAGUGUGCCCAACUUGUCUUCACGUGAAGCCAGCCUUAUGGAGUCGUUUGUAAGGCGUGCACCCAACAUGGCUCGCACCAAUGCUACCAACAACAUGAACCUGAGCCGCAGCAGCAGCGACAAUAAUACAAACACACUGGGCCGCAACGUUGCAGCUGCUUCUGCCUCUCCUCUUAUGGGAGCGCAGAGCUUUCCUAACCUUACCACCACUGGUACCACAUCAACCGUUACAAUGUCCACCUCCAUAGUAACCAGCAGCAAUAACGUAGCCACAGCUACUACAGGUUUGUCCGUCGGCCAGUUGCUCAGUAACACGCUGACGACCAGCCUGACCUCCACGUCUAGCGAGAGUGACACAGGUCAGGAGGCUGAGUUUUCUCUCUAUGACUUCUUGGAUAGCUGUCGGGCAAACACGUUGCUCGCAGAACUGGACGAUGAGGAAGAUUUACCUGAGCCGGACGACGAUGACGACGAGAAUGAGGAUGACAAUCAGGAGGACCAGGAGUAUGAGGAAGUUUUGGUACGGUCCAGGGUCAACCUUGGUUACCACGUUCAUAUUCAUAGGGAGGAAGAGGAAUAUGAAACCAAAGGAGGGCGACGUAGAACAUGGGAUGAUGACUUUGUGCUGAAGCGGCAGUUCUCUGCUCUAGUACCUGCAUUCGACCCUAGACCAGGCCGAACCAAUGUUCAGCAAACCACUGACCUAGAGAUCCCGAUACCAGGUACUCCACACUCAGAAGUUCAGGAGGAGGUGGAAUGCACUCCUUCUCCACACCUGGCUCUCAUCCUAAAGGUGGCAGGCCUGGGAACCACCCGGGAAGUUGAACUACCUCUUACCAACUACAAGUCCACUAUCUUCUACUAUGUCCAAAAGCUGCUUCAGCUCUCUUGUAAUGGAAGCAUCAAGUCUGACAAGCUUCGACGCAUUUGGGAGCCUACAUACACGAUAAUGUACAGAGAAUUGAAGGACUCAGACAAAGAGAAAGAAAACAGCAAAAUGGGUUGCUGGUCUGUAGAGCAUGUGGAACAGUACCUUGGCACAGAUGAAUUACCAAAGAAUGACUUGAUAACCUACAUGCAGAAGAAUGCAGACUCGACUUUCCUGCGCCUCUGGAAAUUAACCGGCACUAAUAAAAGUAUUAGGAAAAACAGAAAUUGUUCUCAGCUCAUAGCUGCAUACAAGGAUUUUUGUGAGAGGGGCUGCAGGUCUUCAGGACUCGGCCCGGGCUCUUUGUCAGUUACACAGAGCUGCGAUAUCCUGAGCAGUGCCCGCGAGCAGCCACAAGCCAAAGCCGGCUCAUCCCAGAGCGCCUGUGGUGUGGAGGAUGUGCUGCAGCUGCUGCGCAUCCUCUUCAUCAUCGGAGGAGAGACAGCAGUUGGGCGCACUCUGCAGGAGGAUGAGGAUGAUCUGCAGUUUAAUGCCUCGCCUGAGGAAUUCACCAGCAAAAAAAUUACAACCAAAAUUCUGCAGCAGAUUGAGGAGCCUUUAGCCUUGGCGAGUGGAGCGCUCCCUGACUGGUGUGAACAGUUAACCAGCAAGUGUCCUUUCCUUAUUCCAUUUGAGACACGGCAGCUUUUCUUCACUUGCACUGCAUUUGGAGCCUCCAGGGCAAUAGUUUGGCUCCAAAACCGGAGGGAGGCAACCAUGGAACGCACCCGACCAUCCACCACAGUGAGGCGGGAUGAGCCUGGAGAGUUCCGUGUGGGCCGGUUAAAGCACGAGCGCGUAAAAGUGCCACGCGGAGAGACAAUGAUGGAGUGGGCAGAGAGUGUUAUGCACAUCCACGCUGACCGCAAGUCUGUACUGGAGGUGGAGUUCCAGGGAGAAGAGGGUACUGGUUUGGGUCCUACGCUUGAGUUUUAUGCCCUUGUGGCAGCAGAGUUCCAGAGAACCUCGUUGGGAAUCUGGCUCUGUGACGAUGACUUUCCAGAUGAUGAGUCACGUCAGGUGGAUCUGGGAGGUGGCCUGAAACCACCAGGCUAUUAUGUGCAGCGGUCCUGCGGCCUUUUCCCAGCACCCUUUCCUCAGGACAGUGAUGAGCUGGAUCGCAUUGCCAAGCUCUUUCUCUUCCUGGGCAUCUUCCUAGCCAAAUGUAUCCAGGACAACCGGUUGGUGGACCUGCCUGUCUCACGGCCCUUCUUCAAGCUGCUUUGCAUGGGUGACAUCAAGAGCAACAUGAGCAAGCUGCUGUACGACACACGGUCCGACUCUGAGCGCCGCUUCUCUGACAUCCACUCGGAGGCCUCCACCGAGGAAGAGCCCUACUCUACCGGCAGCUUUGACGAGGACUCGAAAUCAGAGUUCAUUUUAGACCCACCCAAACCCAAACCACCGGCCUGGUACCAUGGUAUUCUGACCUGGGAGGAUUUUGAGCUGGUGAACCCUCACCGUGCACGAUUUCUCAAAGAGAUGAAGGAGCUGGCAGUAAAAAGAAGGCAGAUCCUGGGCAACAAGAGCCUGUCAGAGGAUGAGAAGAACACACGACUGCAGGGACUAAUGCUAAAGAACCCAAUGGGCUCAGGCCCGCCACUCAGCGUGGAGGAUCUAGGAUUAAACUUCCAGUUCUGUCCUUCAUCCAAAGUGCAUGGCUUCUCAGCAGUGGAUCUUAAGCCCAAUGGAGAAGAUGAGAUGGUGACCCUGGACAAUGCAGAAGAGUACGUGGAGUUAAUGUUUGACUUUUGCAUGCACACUGGAAUCCAAAAGCAAAUGGAAGCCUUCAGAGAGGGCUUCAACAAAGUGUUCCCUAUGGAGAAACUAAGUUCGUUCAGCCAUAACGAAGUCCAGAUGAUCCUGUGUGGGAAUCAGUCUCCAUCCUGGACAGCUGAGGACAUCGUCAACUACACAGAACCAAAACUGGGUUACACUCGGGACAGUCCUGGUUUCAUGCGCUUUGUACGAGUGUUGUGUGGGAUGUCUUCAGACGAGAGGAAAGCCUUCCUACAGUUCACAACAGGCUGCUCAACUCUGCCCCCUGGUGGGCUUGCCAACCUACACCCCCGUCUCACAAUAGUCCGCAAGGUGGAUGCAACCGAUGCCAGCUACCCCUCAGUAAACACAUGCGUGCACUACCUAAAGUUACCUGAGUAUUCCUCCGAGGAGAUCAUGAGGGAGCGCCUCCUUGCAGCCACCAUGGAAAAGGGCUUCCACCUCAACUGAGCAUGCCCCCCGAACCACUGACCAUCCUGUGUUCAUGAAGCCUGUCGUGUUACGUUGCGGAUUAAAAAAAAAAAUACAAAGCCGUGCUCGCCCGUGAUUUUCUCCCCCGCGUCAAGAGCCAAUUCGCAUCAGUAAGCGCGAGGGAAGCUGUCUGAGCUCCACUAGCUAAUGAACCAGCUUAAGGUCAUGUCUGCUGCCCGUGUUCCACCCCUGUUUUACACCAGUGUCGCAAGUUUAACCGGGGCAGCGCUGCACCGCAUUGCUUUAAGGGCUCAUGCUUCUGGUAGCAAAGGGCAGUUUCUCCUCCUGUGUUACUAUUACACCGGCUCUUAGAACGCGUGUCACUUCAGCAUUGCUUUUCAUUUUUAAUUUCCACACGUGGGCAGUCCGUUUCCCGAGACGCAGCACACAGCACCCGCUUCUAUAGAGCUAACCGUAGUGUUUGGAAUUUUCCAGGUUUUAAGUUUUACUAGUGCCUGCAUUAUUUGAGAUGUUAAGGGUUUUUGUUUGUUUUCCCCAAAUAUUGUUUUGCUUACAGCAUACAAUUGUGCACAUGCUUUCUUUUGAGUUUCCUUUCUUGUUUUUUUUCUCUUCCUGCUGUUCCUAUGUACGAUUCAAUCGUUCAUACCACCGCUUAAAGGAUCAAAGUCCCCGAGUGCAUUUGUGUCAUUUUACAAUAAAGCUAUAGAGACAAAAACACUGGUUGUGUGCAAGGCACAUUUAAAAAGAAAAAGGAAAAAAGCAAAGCUAUGCUUCUUGUAUUUUCUUUGUAUAUUAUAAACGUUUAUUUAACUCAAGUUGCAGUUUGAAGUAAACAAAUAUUUUCAAAUGUGUAUGCUCCAAAAAUAAUCAUUAAAAUGUUUGCAAAGUAGAAACAGUGUUGUGAUCCUUCAGGUCCUUUUGCUACUUAGAAUUGAGUCAAAACCGGUAAAUCAUUCAUGUGAGCAGGCAAACAAGUUCCGUGCACGUGUUGAAUAAAAAGAACUGAAUAAAGAUUAG